UUCAGGUUUACUGCAGCACUUGUUUUGCCAAGCCAUUUUUUAUACUUGAGCAAAUACAGUUAUCACUUUUAACGCGUCCGACUUGUGCUUCCUUGUUCCGUUCUUCGUCCAGUGAAACUGUGCAUAUUUCUGUAUUGAUUCCCUUAUGCAGCUUUUAAGUGGGAAAAAUCACAUAGAUUAAAAUUUUGAUUGAAAUUGAUGCAUCCGAACAAUCAGAGCUGAUCAAAGUCUAGUGUGUGGUCGGGUUAUCAAAAAGUAGAUUUUGCGAUAAGAAAAAUCGAACUCUUGCACGUAGAAUUUUUCUUCAAUCUGCUUCAUGAGCGCUACAACGACGGCGAUGCGACCUUCUUUUUCAAGCACGGAUGAUGGUGCUUGUGGUGCGCUGGUGCGGCGGUGCAGGUGGUGAUGGUGCUUGUGGUGCGGGCAGGCCGUGUGGUGGUGAGAAGCUGGCAGCGUUUGGCGAUUGUGGUGAUAAUCACCACAGCAGCCUGCUCUCUCAUCUUCAUCAACCGGUGUAAACUGGCGACAAACUCCUACGCUGAGCCGCUUUUCUCCGAGCUCGAUGACCCAAGUUCAGCUCUGUCCGCCCGAGCUCCAUUGCGCCCCCAGCACCGACCGCGGUCUUUGGCCAUAAACCUCCCACCCUCCCACGACGAACUGCGCAUAAUCCGUGAUACUUUACAUCCAUUUCCAGACUCAUCUUUUCUGUUCCGUGACGCACCUCAUCAAUUACGUGACGCACCUCACUCAAUCCGCGACGCACAUCAUCAGUUUCGUGACUCAUCUCAUCCAUUACGAGACGCAACUUUCACUGCCCGCGACACAUCCCAAGCACUUGAUGCAGAGCCUCUUCUACUGCAUGAAGCGUCGUAUUUGGCCAAGCAGACCUUUCCGUCAAUUCGUAAAGUAUCUAAUCAUCCUCAUCCCGAAGGGUCUAGUAUAAUUCCUGAAGCUCCGAACUCCGCUGCCGAGAUUUCCCACUCUAAACUUUACGCAGCAAACAAGCCCCAUGUCCGUCUGGGAGUUGCCACCGACAUUGAUGGCAGUAGAGCAUCACCGGCGCCAUUUGGCCGUGUCUCUCUCGGUCAUGACGUUCAGGCCGCCCUUUCUGAAGACGAGGAGCAGAGAGCUGCUUACAUACGCCAUCUGCUGCUGCAGAUAGCCUCUCUGCAGCAGGAGGUGGCAGCACUUCGCACGGCUCGUACGCGCUCAGGAGCUGCUACUAACACGCCUCUGAGUACGGCAGCCAGAACCACUCCUAACCUUAUCCAACGAGAGCCAUUAAGGUCAUUCCCCGCCAGCAAAGACCCAGCAAGCGAGGACCAGUCCGGUCACACCGUCCGGCGUCACGGCUCAUCUUUCUCCGCGUCAUCCUUCCCCAGCGAUGGUCACCACAACGCCUCGCAGGGUGUGCCCAUGUCCGCAGAAGCAGCUUGCUCGGCCACCCUCCAGCAGCAGAUUCUGCAGAGUGAAGUCGUCAGGGGCCUGCCUCUUAAUAACGAGUACGAGGUGGUGCCGUUCUCACACUUCAGUUGGUCCCGAGUGUACCCCUCUGAGUUGGGUCUCGGCAAGCGCGUCGUAGAGAAGCCUAUUGGGUAUCGGCGUAAAGACGUCCUUGCUGCGCUCACUGCCGCCCUCGACCAUCUCAACGCAUAUCAAAACCACGGCUACAGAUAUUCGAUGGACGAUUUUGUGGAGGGCUCAUUCCGGACCAUCCCCACCGCCGGAACUCAAUACGAGCUUGUUUUCCGAGACAGCUUCCGCAACAACGAAAACAAGAACAACAAUUCUUCGAUUAUGAAGAACAGUUACGACGGGAGAGUGUUGAGUAAAUCUAGCGAAGCUGUUGAAGAAGUGAAUUCAAGAGCUACGCGUAAGGAGGGCAGUGAAAAAAGUGGCAUUAUUUCUAACCCAACCAAGAGCAUUGUGAAAAGUCAUAAAAACACUGAAAAAACUAGUUCUAGUUUUUAUAAUAUUACAAAUAAUUCUCGUAAGAUUAAAGCCGAUCAUAAUCUCACUAAACUGGAAGCCGAUUUCACUGGCAGCAACAAAGUAAAUAAUAUCUCUGCCACAUCGAGUGUACAAGGUAAUCUUGGUGAGAGUGAUAACAGAAGUCGUAGAAAAUUAAUACCUGACGUAAAUAUUUCUAAAAACAUAAGUUCUAGCGGGAAGUCCUCGCGUUCUCCGUCUAGCGGAAAUGCUCUCAAGAUCGUCACGCUGGUCAGGCCCUUCGCCCCCAUCACCGUCGUCAAGAGCAGGACCAACACCGCGCGCCAGCUGAUCAACAUAAUUCUGCCGCUGUCAGGCCGGCUGCAGACGUUCCAACGCUUCAUGACGAAGCUGACUACGGUGAUCCUGCCUCACGACCGCCGCAUCUUCCUGACGGUGGUCUACUUCGGCGACGACGGUCUUCAGCGUGCACGCAACAUCAUCACGAAGGCCUCACGCGACGCCAGCUUCAGGAUGGUGAAGCUGCUCACGCUCAACGAAACUUUCUCGAGAGGCAAAGCCCUACAGGUGGGAGCCCAGCACUGGUCAGGGGGCGACGUGCUGUUGUUCAUGUGCGACGUCGACGUGGUCUUCAGCACUCGCUUCCUCGACCGCUGCCGCAUGAACGCCGAGCCUGGUCGCUCCGUGUACUAUCCUGUCAUCUUCUCCCUCUACAACCCCGGCCUCGUCUACCCUAUUCAGGGCAAACCUAUUCCUGAGGACCUGGACCAGCUGGUUAUCUCGAGGGACACGGGCUUCUGGCGCGACUUUGGUUACGGGAUGACUUGUCAAUAUCGCUCCGACUUUCUUAGCGUCAACGGCUUCGACCAAGAGAUCGUCGGCUGGGGAGGGGAAGAUGUCCUGCUAUACAGAAAGUACGUACGCUCGUCGCUGGCCGUGGUUCGCUCCACCGACCCAGGCAUCUUCCAUCUGUGGCACCCGAAGCUGUGCUCCUCAGCGCUGCCGGGCGACCAGUACCGCGCAUGCCUCAGCUCCCGCGCCCUCAGUGAAGCUUCGCACGCUCAUCUUGGUUUGGUCGCCUUCAAAAAGGACCUAGAAAAGCAUCCUGUUGGCUCACAAAUUUUGCCCGGCAUCAGUGCCGCCGAGAAAAAUCUUAAUACUGCUGCUGCUGGAGGCUCAUAUCAGGCCACCGGUGAAAUCUGAGGCAGUCUUCUGUGUGUAGUAUGAGAUAAAAGUCUACUAUUCGUCAUGCAUUGAAGUCAACUUCCAACUGCGAUAUGAUGUUAAAUCAACAAAAAAUUGGAUGAAAGUUUAAAAUUUGCAAAAUUUAAUCGAAUCGCACUACAUAUAUACUGAUUUUAAUAUCUUAUGCUAUUUCAUGGAUUCUUCUAUCAAAGUGGAAAACAUUGCAUCGAUUGAAGCGCUUUGCUGCGAUUGCUGAUUUUUUCAUAUGGUUACCGAAGUACAAAUUCUUCUAUUUAAAUCAACUUCAUUAGCUAGAACUAUUAAGCGCGAGGUAGCCAUGGAAUGACAAACACGUGGUUACUUGAACAAGUCCUUCGUGAUUCACAUUCAUGAUUGACAGGCGAUUGGUUAUAGACUAAUGAAUUGUCCACACGAGGGCAUUUUAAUGAGUCUUAUGAACUUUACAGCUCACACUACAUUGCGAUUAAUGCAGGGCAUUUUUUCCAACGCGGUGUUGGCCAAGUUAUGUUUUGUCGAAUUCUAAAUUCCGUUAAAGUUUUUUGAUCAACUACUGUAAUGUCCUCAUAGAUUAAAAAAAUCUUCCUCGUUCGAGAGACUCGUUUAUUCACAUGCUAACGGUAUAAUAUUUACCAAUGCGUGAGUACGUUGUAGAGACGUCUCCGUGUUCUCAUUUCACUUAGUGGAAAACGUCUAGAGACAUAUUGUUAAGGUGUGAUUUAUCGAUAGUCUAUAAGAACUAAUUUCAGGAAAAUAUGAAAGUUUUGACGAAUCAGCCUGAGAAACUCAAAUAGAGAUUUUCAUAUACCCUAUUUUAUACCAGACCGGUCACAACAAGUGGCCGUUGGAUACCGAAUGACUUUGAUGACUCAACAUUAACCGUUCAAUAGGAACCAUGCGCAGACUUUGACUAAUAUUAGCUAUGACUUUUCUAAAUCCAUUGCAUUAAGUCUUUGUGCCCCAACAAGUCACCUGUUAAAGUUCUGGCACAAAAAUUAUUGUUGAGUUCUGAUUGCCAACUAGUCUUGCUUCAAGUCCGUAGUACCAUUUACCAUGAUUAUGUGCACAGAAAUAAAGUGUGCCGGAACACGCAAUUAGAGUAUUGGGUCUCUCAUUGUCAAUUGGGCAUCGAUAACUCACAUGGCAUUCUUGAAAGAUAAAAUACCCUGAGAAUAGCGGCAUAAUCGCUAAAGCCAUUUGUUCGAAAACGUUCUCUUACAUCGAGGAGAGCAGAUGAUUUCUAAGCUGCUCGUGGUGUUAGGUCAGUUUUUAUUAUUAAAUUAUCUUCGUUGUGUGCCAAGUCAGGAUCUUUGAUGAAAUGUUUAUCUUAUGAGCGUGUAGUCUAUCAAGCACAGACGAGUAUAUGGGAACCUUUAAAAACUUAAGGAAUGCCGUUUAUCAAUGUUUGAUGUUUACUGAAAUAACAUAUCGAUCGAUGUGCGGAAGCGAAUUUUAAUUCUGAUGCCGAAUACAAUUUUUUACUGAACGCAAAUUAUAUACCAUUUUCUAUGGCAUGUACUUUUAAGCUUUUACUAAAACCAAUGAGAAAGUUUCGUGUAAUUCUUGCGCAACGAAUGAAGAAACAAGAAAUUGUUAUUUUUUAAUAUAUAAUGGCUUUCGAGAUUCGUUUCCGUUGCCCAAUACGUAUGCUACUUUAAAUUAAUUAAUUUAUAACGUAGUCAGUAUAAUUUUUAUGAUCCCCUUGGAGGUAAAAAGGACUUUAAUUUAUAUUUUUUCAGGUAAUACCAGUGCUCCAGACAAGAUGUUUCAUUCGACAUUGAUGUUGCAGAGCCGUUGUUGUUUCCUGAUAACAAUGAACAUCCCUGAAAUGUCUUGGCUUUCAUAUUCUCUAUAUAUAAAAUGUCUCUAAUUUUUUUAGAGACAAUGAGUCUAUUUAAAUGUGGGAUCAGCCCUCACUCUUUUUAUCGAGAACGUGAAAUUACAUAUUGAUCUCUUCGAAAAUUUUGUGGCAGAUAUAUGCCUGAUAAAACCGACGUUCAAAUAUUUAUCUAUUUGUCUCAAAAUAAUGGGCAUGUUUCCUGACGCAGAAUUAUUAACGGAUGCUCAAUCAAGCAAGGAUCGCUGCUCUCGAAUAAUCAAACAAUUGUGAAUCAUUUGCUCUCUGACGAUCAAUCAGUUAUCUUGCCACUUAGUAAGCCGUGUAAUCGAAAAUGAAUCGUUACGUGUAAUACUUCGUCUAAAUUUAAUCUAUGAGCUUUAAACGCUUAAUAAAGUCAUAAUUUCACCCUAAUUUGAUAAGCAAUUCAAAAGUUAUCAUGUUCUGCAUCAUAGUUUAUGUGGUUCAAGUAGCAGUUAAUCGGCAACGUUAUUAAUAAGAGUUUGGCUACGGUCUAAAAUAUUUAUUCUCAUGGAUGUUAAGUGUUACUAGAGAAUAGCCUUAUUAUCUGUCUUAAUACGUGUGGUGUACGCUGUGUCUUCCAUUAUUCUCUUAACUUAUAAGUAUGAUAACUUGAACCCUUCUACACACACUCUACACCGAUACCGCUGACUUCCCUAUAACAAAAACCAUCUCCACCGAGCCUGCCUCCUUAUACCGAGUAGCUGCUAUUCAUGUAUAAUUUUUUUUACCAGAGUGAGCGGUUUUGAUGUAGAGUUUUAAACGACAUUAAAACGCCGAGAUGGCAAUUUUGACCGUAUUUUUAUUACUUGGUUAAUGUAUUUGUGUACCGAAUGUAUGUAUCAGUGGUGUGUUCGUUAAAAGCAUCUGAUGUUACUCUAAAUUAUUCGUAUAUUAGCUAGUUUAUAACUUGGAGAAAAUACCAAUACGAGAAAAAUUCGUAAUUUUCAAGCCUGUGGUUUCUAUUUGCAUUCAAUAUUAUGAAUUAAGUUUUUCGUUUGAAAAAAAAAAAAUAGUUUUUUUUAAUUUGAUUUGGUUAUUGGUAUUCGUUUUCAAUUAGUUCAGCGAUUAUUUGAUAUUCAAAUAUUCUGGCCGACUAAUGCAAUCAUCCUCCAAGGCCAAUUAGCCAACUCAGUCAUGUCUUUCAAACGACCCUUGUAUACUGGAAACUUUAAACCCUAAAUUACUCUUAGGUUUCAAAUUUACGUUGUGAAUAUGGAUUCCAAAUGAGACGGCUGCAGGCGCCUCUUGUGUUGCUGGCUGCCGUUUGGCUACAAUAUUUGAUAUUCCGGUCCCAUGUCGAGACCCAAUCGAAGGCCAACUUUAAUAACUCGACUGUUGAGCGGCGUUUUGAACAUCUCGACUUGAAAAUAUCACUUGAGCAUCGCCUGUGUUCUGCUUAUCUUUCGGUGUCUAUCUGUGCCAAAAUACUUUUCCUACUUUGAUGCUAUUUUUUAAUGGUCGUCAAUUUUAUUUAUUUGAUCCAUGAUAACUGCCAAUUUUUAGGCUUGCCCGUUGUUAGACUAGGAACAACGCUUCUCCAUUUUUCGAAAAAUUUAAAGUAAUAAGAUAUAUCUCCAGAAACGAGGAGUUUCAACGUUCAGCAUUAUUGAAGACUUGAGUAAAGCUUCUUAAUAUUAUUCUCUUGACUAUAGGUUGAUUUAAAGCGAAAGAGCAUUAUAAUUAGGUUUAAUAAAAAUGUCAAAGACAAG